CACCGAAAGAGCGAGCGAGAGACCAAAACAACCAAAAUAAGUUACGUGAAAUUAUAAAUAAAAAAUAAGGAAAUAAACGUUCAGUGGUGGAUCAGUCAAAUACAACAAAGUCAGCGCUCCAAAAACUAGCAGCACAUUUCAGUUUUCGCCUCGUGCCAUGUGAGCAACUUUAAAUUUAAAUCGGAUCGGAAAUCAGUUUGUGCGGUGCGGGUGUGCUAAUUAGCGGAAGAAGGCAAUUUAUUAAACGCGAAAAAAACCCCACAAUAAAAACUCAUAUUUCGACACGAAACCUAAGUUAAAUCGCCGUUCUGUCGAGUUGUGCACCGCACCAAAUGAAUGUGCAAUAAAUCAAUGAAGUGGGAGAGGAGCAAGAGGCAGAGAGACGGAAGCAGCGCCAACAACAGAAGCAAGGAGAGCAAGACUUAACGGGACACCUAAAACUUAUUGGCACUACGAGAUUUUCACGCUAGUUCUAGUUUAAUAGCUCAAAAAAUGGACGAAGUUUUCAGCCUGCACAUGGAUAGGCUGGACGUUUACGACGUUCUUCUUUUGGCUGGCAUUCUCUCCGUGAUAAUAUUGAUCUGUAUUUAGUUUAAAUUCGAUUUAAAACUAGCAAAAAUGCAGCAAGAAACGCAGCGACGUAAAUGUUGUUGUGAAAUUACACGAAAAACAGCUGCUCAUUAUCGGACCAGUGUUGGAAAGGGCGCGCUUCUCACACUGCCCAGCAAACAAAUACUUUGCGGUAUUAUUAAGUUAAUUCAAAAUCUAAAUUUAAAUUCACCGAACAAUAGCCCUGGAAUGUUAUUCAAAAAUGUCAUAAGCCCGACACUUUCAUUUGCUCAGACGUUAAUUUUAUUAUUUAUCAACUGUUUAUACAAUUUAUUUGUAAAGACUGAUUUCCUGUAUGUAGAUAUAGUCUAAUGCAAUAAAAUUAAAUGAAAAGUAA